CAGCUCCUCAAAGUUCGUCACAAGGGAACCAUUUCUCUAGCCUCAUCUCAUCAACCCAAACCCCACGACUCCACCUUCAAGCUCAGACACAACCAGACGCGGCCGGCCAUUGCGUCCAUCUCACAUCUGAGUCUCUGACGAACGUCGACGGGAUCGAAGCGGCAGCACCUUCCGUGAUCCCACUGCACCCGACAUUGUGUGUAGCGGCACUCAAAGAUGUUGCGUCCCUCAAGUCUGCAAUCGCUACCCAAACGUUCAUGACCCUCCCUCUUAAGCCUCCACCAACGCUUGUCGGGAGCGCUCGCCCCUCGCUACCAUGGCCAUGAGUGGCCGUGAUUUGAGCCGGGCCGAAAGAUUCGAGGACGAGAAGAGGAGGAUCAUUGACAGCUGCUUUUCCAAGCGCGAGGCGGAUGGUUCCCUAACUGAAACAUACAUAACACACAUCAAGAUCACCGAAUACCAGAUAUCCCCGACAACUCCGCCGCCGCCCUCAGCAAGGACGCCCCAGUACGAGAAGCCCCGCGUCAUCAUCGUUGCCGUUCGAAAAUCCGGCCGCGUGCGCGUCCACAAGUCCAAGGAGAAUCCCAAUGGCACCUUCUCCAUCGGAAAGACGUGGAACCUAGACGACUUGUCCGCCAUUGAGUCUUUUACCGGCCCGACAGUCCACCCAAACAACCGGCAAUGGGCUGGAGAUGUGGGCUUCGUGGUGACGCUCGGCAAGCCGUACUACUGGGAGGCCCAAACCGACAAGGAGAAGAAGUUCUUUAUUGCGAGCCUGAUCAAGAUCUACAACAAAUUUACCGGCGGGCGCACUCCCGCUCUAUCAGGUUUCGAACAGCGUGAGCUUGAACAAGUCUUGGGCGGCGCGCAGGCCCCUCGGCGACAGGAGCGACCGCCGCCGCGUCCGUCUCCCCUCGACACCGCGGCCGGCAGCGUGAUCGGCUCCAUUUCGUCCGGAUAUAAUGCGCCGCCCAGCGCUGAAAGCACCUCGGCCUCGGUGUUCCCGGACAGGGUGGCGUCGCGCAGCCCCUUGGUCGCUAACGGAAAGUCUUCUCCUGCCCAAAGUUUUGAUUCAGGGCGACCUUUACAGGAGCAGGCGUCAUUGCGCAAGCUGGCAUCAAGGAACAAGAGUCAAGAUUCGGUUGCGACGUCGUCGGUUACAAGAAGCGAGGAUGCGAGCAGCCUCCGUCUGAGUACCAGGAACGGGGUGAAUGGGCCUUCCUCCUACGGCACCCCUGAGCCUACCCCCGUCCCAGCAACCGAUGAUACCCCUCCGGAGCGUAAGCGGCCGCCAAUGGAUCCUCUGAGACCGACUCAAGUCGACAGAAACUUAAUACCGGCGCCACUGAUGAGCCCCGGCAUGCGUCGAGAACCCACCGUGCCGCCGCGGAGCAUCGAGAGAACGUUACCCCGGAAAGACUCGAUGAGCCGACGAAACGAGCCGUCGCGUCUCGCGGAAACGGUUACGACUCCCAAGGAGACGAGCAGACCGGAUCUCGUUGCCGGGUCUGCCAGCCCCGCCAUCUCAACACCGCCUCCUUCCAGCCCCCCGACUGCUGCCAUACCACCUAUCCCUACGUCGACCGUUGAGUCCACCCAAGUCGAUCCUCCUCCUGAGCCCGAGGAGGAGACGAAGCCAGGGCUCGGCCCCAUGAUCAAGUCGAAGAAGUCGAAGGGGGAGAUUGCCGGGGCGUUUUGGAAAGCGGCCAGCGCCGCCAAUGCCUUCAAGCCGAGGCCCGGCGGCGCCGCAGACCGUCUGCGUCAGAACCUGAACAAGACCAGCGACGGUCCUGAUGGCAUCACGAGCGUGGUCCCCGCACCCCCCAAGCCGACGCCGGUCCAAAAGCCUCCAGAGCCAAUAAUCGAACCGGCCCCCAAGGCAGCCGAUCGAAGCGCUACUCCGAGCAUUCCCGAAGUCAAGGUCACCCAGUCUGACCCUGUCAGGCCAAGCAGUGCUCAAUCCACUGCCAAGGGCGUCAAGAAAAAGAAGGGUGAAGAGCCACCAACGGUGGAGGAGACUCGGCGCUCGAUUGUGGCGGGCAAUGACACCAAGUAUCUCGCGACUCUCGGCAUCGAUCCCUCGGUUCUCGACAGCCGGACCAGCGAAUUUGCCAAGUGGCUCGAUUACUUUGGUUGGGUGCCGGGCGAGAAGAUGCGGGCGCGCAACUUUGACGAGCUACGCGCUGACCUCGACCGCGAACUGAGCAAGGCUCAGGCCGGCGGCUGGCUCGCCCGCUUCCAGGAGGAAGACGAGAGGGUUGAGGCCAUCAAGAGGGGCAUCGACCUCUCGAUUAGCGAGUGCGACGAGCUCGACAAUUUGCUUACGCUGUACAGCGUCGAACUAUCUACGCUCUCGGAUGACAUUGCGUACAUUGAGGCCCAAGGACAAGGUCUCCAAGUGCAGGCCGCCAACCAGAAGCUGCUCAAGAAGGAAUUGGAGUCUUUGCUGGAGACGUGCGCCAUCAGUGAAUCCGACCUUGAUGCCCUCCGGAGGGCACCGCUUGAGACGGCGUCCGGCGUCGAGGAGAUUGAGGCUUCCCUUGUCACGCUAUUCAGGGCCAUGAUCAAGAUCGACCCGACGUUGGGCAACAGCGAAUCGCGCAAGAGCGAGGACAUGAAUGCAGACCAGUCACUCGGCCUCGACAGCGAUUAUGGCAAGAUGCGCAUCGUGCAGGAGAAAAAGGAGAUGUACCUCUCUGAGAGUUCUCAAUUCAUGCGGAGGCUGGUCAUCUUCAUGGAACGGCAGUUCUCGGAAGCAUUCCGCGUGACGAAGAACGCCCUGGAUGGAGCGCUAUCCAAGAAAGCGGACUCGCGCAACCACGACGCUGGCAGGGACUUGCUGUGGAUGUACAGCCCCUUGAUCCUCUAUGCCAGGGAUGUCGACCUCGGCAAUUGGAACCGCAUCCUGCAGAUUUACCAGGACAAGAGCCAUCCGAUCUACAAGUCCGAGUUCAAGGACGCCAUGGAGGCGUGGAAGAAGAAUGCCAGGAAGCUCACUGGCGACGAGAGCGAGUUGCUGUUUACGGCUCAGCAGGAGAAGAAGGAAGAAGGACUCGCGACGACGGCUCGGAAACUCACCGUCAAGCGCAGCCAGACGCUCGCCAGAAGUCUCCGGUCGCCGCUCGGCGACGGCGGAAGGUCGGCUGAGAAGGCGCCAGACGGCCGGGCGUUGCCCUACGAGGUCUUUGCUGGCGUUUUGGACGAUCUUCUGCCGCUGGUGGAGAUGGAGCAGAACUUUAUCGUUGACUUCUUUCACGCCACGACGCUCGCGCAGUCUGACUUCCCUGACCUUGUCGCCGCUUCAAGGCCGCACGAUCGCCGCGGUGGCGACCUGAAGCGUCACCGGCUGAUGGAACCCGACCGCGACCUAGCGCGGCGCAUCACCAAAGCCAUGGAAUCCAUCUUCGUGUUCCUCGAGCCAAGCCUGCAGCAGCUCAUGGAUUGGGUGCUGAACAUGGAUCCUCUACAAGGCGUCGGCAUCCUGGCGACGCUCGAGCGCAAGAUGGCCGACAUGAGCCAGUCCAACCAAGACUUCCUCAACAACGUCCUCCAAAAGCUCCACGGCAACCUCGAGGCCAAGUUCAAGAAGUUUGUCGACGACCAGAUCCGCGCCAUCGAGGAAACCAAGGUCAAGAUCAAGAAGCGCAAGGGCGUCAUCCACUUCAUCCGCAUCUUCCCCCACUUCAGCACGGCCGUCGAGAACAUGCUCACCACUACCAACGACCCCUCCCUCCCCGUCCGCCGCAUGGUCGACCGCGAGUACGACCGCAUCCUUAAGUCUAUGUUCGACUCGCUCAAAGUCAUCGCCCGCGAGAACCCGGCCCUCGGCAUGGCCACCACCACCACCACCACCUCCUCGUCCAUGACCCUUCCCUCCUCGGUGGCGUCCACCCUCACCCACUCCACCGCCGCCGCCUCCUCGGUCAUCGCCGACCCGGAGGACAAGGAAGCCCUCAACUUCCACAUCCUCCUCAUUGAGAACAUGAACCACUUCCUCGAGGAGGUGGACAACGCCGGCGGCCUCGAGGUGAUGGACGACUGGCGCGAGGCGGCGCAGCGCGAGAUGGCGGAGCACAUGAACUUGUACCUCAACGCCGUCAUGCGCCGGCCCCUGGGGAAACUGCUCGAGCACCUCGAGAAUAUUGAGGCGCAAUUGCAGGGCGGGAAAGCACCCUCCAGCGUUGCGGCGCAGCCAAGUAAUAGCAAGCAGGUGUUUAAUAAGGUGCUGGGCGGGUAUGAUGGGAGGGAGGUGAGGAAGGGGAUCGAGGCGUUGAGGAAAAGGGUGGAGAAGCAUUUUGGCGGGGAUUCGGAGGAGGGAGGCGGCGGUGGUGGUACUACGGGGCUUGGGGUGCCCGGCGGCGGCGCUCUUUCUUCUUCUUCGGCGGUGCCGAGGACGGGGGGUGGUGGUGGGGAUAGUAGCUUGGUGAAUCGCGUGUUGAGGGAGUGUGAGAGAUUUUAUGGCGAUGUGGGCAUGCGUAUAGGGAAGGUCACGACGGAUGUGUAUGGGGGCGAUGUGCUGUUUGAGUGGCCAAGGGCUGAGGUCAAGGCGGCUUUUUCGGGGAUCGGGGGAAGGUGAGCGGGUGAGAGUGUUUGAUGUUUGGGUAGGGACAUGUACUGGCGAGCAGGUGGCGGUGUUAGGGGGGUGGUUGUGUUAUCUGGCAGCGGUUUCUUCGUCGUAUAUAUGAUACAGCUUCUUCUCUGCGUUUUCUCGUGUCUCUUGGCGUAAUGGCUUGAGUUGUCGGGAUCAGCAGCGAGGAGCAUACCAGCUGCCGGGAGGACUGCCGGUGGAUUCCUUGCGCAAUGCCU